AUGGCUCCGUUUGACAAAGCCCAGCAAACCAAGUCUUUCAAACAGAGGAAAAGCUUUGCAACACGAAAGCAGGAGGUGGCUGGAAUCAGGACUAAGUUUCCAACCAAAGUGCCGGUGAUCAUAGAGCGAUAUCAUCGUGAAAAAUACCUUCCACUGUUGGACAAGACGAAGUUUCUUGUUCCCCAAGAACUCACCAUGACACAGUUUGUCACAAUCAUCAGAAACCGGAUGACUCUCAUGCCAAGCCAGGCUUUCUACCUGCUCAUCAACAACGUGGGCAUUGCCAGCAUGUCUCUCACUAUGGCACAGGUGUACAAAGACCACAAGGAUGAGGAUGGCUUUCUCUAUAUGACCUAUGCCUCUCAAGAAAUGUUUGGACACUGUGAGCAUGUGUAUCAGCUCUCUAGAUGA